AUGCCCGUCCGCGUGUUUCUGAGGGACUCGCCUCAGCGCGGAAUCGCCUUGGCUACUGAUUCCCACGUCCUCAUCUUCCGGCAUAGUCCGACCACCGUCAACACCAGAGCCGCCGGCUCCAGCAGCUCCGUCAACGAAGGCGGCGUGCCACGCUGCAUCGUCGAGUUCUCGCCAUGGGAGGGCCAGGACAUGCAGGGCUACCGCGCCUUGUCGUCAUCAAUCAACGUGUUAGGAACGCUCGGUCUCGUCACGCUGAACAAUGAUGUCUUCUUGUGCGUUGUUAAUAACAGCACCAAGGUGGCGACUGUUCGGCCGGGGGAGACGAUCCAGCAGAUUUUGGGCGUCGAGUUCCAUUGCUUGACUAGCAACGACUACGACCAUAUGCUGCACGAUAUGGUCAAUCCUUUUCCGACCGACAACCUCGACGCGGAUGGAUACGAUCAUGGAGGACACAAGGAGCCGCUGGUCGAACACCCGUGCAUGGCGCUGAAGAAGCUGCUUUCUGGCGGCAGUUUCUACUACAGCGCCGAUUUCGACUUGACGAAGCGACUUCAGGAUCGUCCGACGGAUGCGAGUACGGUUGCGAUUGAUUCGUUGGAUGGAGGCUUCUUGUGGAAUUCAUACAUGAUCCAGCCGUUGGUGGAGUUUCGGAAUCGGCUUUCACACAGAGAGAAGCAGGCCUUGGACGACUCGAGGAUCCUCACUUCCGCCAUCAGAGGCUUCGCCGGCACCAUUGCUGUUCCGGCCUCGAGCUCGCCACUGAGGAACAAGAUGACUGGUAUGCCAUCCAACAUGACGCUCAUCUCCAGACUGUCAUGCAAGAGAGCUGGAACGAGAUUCAACGCGAGAGGAAUCGAUGAUGAUGGCAACGUGGCAAACUUCGUCGAGACAGAGACUGUCUUCUCUACCGACACGAUGAUAUACUCGUACGUGCAAGUCCGUGGGAGCGUGCCAAUGUUCUGGGAGCAGGCAUCUGGACUGCCUGGACAGCAAAAGAUCACCGUCACGCGAUCGCCAGACGCCACUCAACCUGCCUUCGACAAGCACUUCCAAAAGCUGUCAGAGACAUAUGGUGAUGUCGUGGUGGUCAACCUGCUGAGUGAUGAAAAGAGCCAGGAAGUACAACUCACUCGACAGUACCUUCACCACAUCGAGCACAGCCCACUGAAUCAGGAAACUGAGAAAGCCACUGCCGAAUCAGAGCAUAAGCACAUCAGCGCUGUCAACUACGACUUCCAUGCCCAGACGCGCGGGCCAAGUGGUUAUGAAGCUGCUGGCGGUAUCAGGAGAUGGAUUGAGGAGACGGCGAAGGCCUUCGAGUACUUCUUGGCCGAGGAUGUCUCAGAGACUAUUCACAAGGACGGACAGCAACACAAAGUACUCGGCAGGAACGACAUCCUCAAGCAAAACGGUGUGUUCAGAACGAACUGUCUCGACUGUUUGGAUCGUACCAACCUGGUGCAGACCAUCGUCUCGCAGAUGGCGUUUGAGAUUUUCCUUAAGCAGGAAGGCGAACAGAGACCAACUUCCGACUUCUGGGCUAGACACGGCACACUGUGGGCAGACAAUGGCGAUCAGCUGUCGAAGAUAUACGCGGGUACUGGAGCACUGAAGACAUCCUUCACGCGCUCGGGCAAGAUGUCGCUUGCUGGAGCACUGGCCGAUUUCCGAAAAUCAGCACAUCGAUUCUACGUCAACAAUGUCGAGGACAAAGGUAGACAAGCCACCAUGGACAUGCUACUCGGUCGACUGAUGGGCCAGACUGGAGUCCAUCUCUUCGAUCCGGUCAAUGACUGGGUCACUGCGGAGCUCGCAAGGAGGUCGGCUGAGUUUACGACUACGCAGAGCAUCAACAUCUGGGUUGGUACUUUCAACUUGAAUGGCAAGACGCAUGGAAUCAACGACGACCUCACAUCCUGGCUUUGUCCGAAUGUCGACGAGGAAUUCCGCGUGCCAGAGAUCGUUGCAGUGGCUUUCCAGGAGAUUGUUGACCUUGACGUCGGCCAAAUCAUGUCGACUGAUCCUCAGCGUCGGACUCUGUGGGAGGAUGCAGUCCGCAAAACCCUGAAUGCGAAUGCACAGAAGCACCGCGGCGAAGACUACGUUUUGCUGAGAGGUGGUCAGCUCGUUGGUGCAUCGCUGUCAGUAUUCGUUCGAGCCAGCGUCCUGCCACAAAUCAAGAACGUGGAAGGUGCAGUCAAGAAGACUGGCCUCAGCGGUAUGGCUGGCAACAAGGGCGCAGUGGCCAUUCGCAUGGAUUUCGCCGACACUUCGAUAUGCCUCGUCACCGCCCAUCUAGCGGCCGGCUUUGGGAACUACGACGAGCGCAAUCAGGACUACAGGACGAUUGCGAGUGGUCUUCACUUCCAGCGAAACCGCACGAUCGAUGACCACAAGACCGUCAUCUGGGCCGGAGACUUCAACUACCGCAUUGGUAUGGAGAACGAGCGAGCUCGGCAGCUGAUUAAGAAGCGAGACCUGGGCACACUGUACGAGAACGACCAGCUGAACUUGCAAAUGGUGCAUGGGAAGUGCUUCCCUCAUUACUCGGAGCGUACACCCACGUUCCUGCCGACCUACAAGUUCAAUCUGGGCACCGACGAGUACGACACCUCCGACAAGGCACGCAUACCGGCCUGGUGCGAUCGGAUCUUGACGAAGGGAGACAACAUUCGUCAGUUCUACUACGAUUCAGCACCAUUGCGUUUCUCCGAUCACAGACCAGUCUGGGGUAUCUUCAAGUGCACCAUUAGCGUCAUCGACCAGCCGAAGAAGGAUGCGAUAGCCAGCGAGCUGUACACGAAGCGCCGUGCUGUUGUUGGAGCUCAUACUGCCAACCAAGGCGGUGCGGAGAGCGACGAUGAAGACCUGUAUGGCUACGAUCCUGUCGAGCCUGGUCUUCCUCCAGCAAGCUCCGACAAGCGCAAGUGGUGGCUCGACAAUGGCAUGCCAGCGCGAUCGACUGUAUCGCCGCCGAGUGCACGCCACGUGCCAAACCCCGGCCGACCAAGCAACCCCUUCUCACCGACCAAUGAGUCGGACUGGGUGCGAGUCGAGAAGCCAGGAAACACCCCACCCAGCCGUCCAGCCUCCAUCUACAGUGUCGCAUCGUCGACGAUGUCACAACCGAGGGACAGCGUGCCGCCUAGAAAGCUGCCGCCACCUCCCUCGGGUGGCACGAACGAGAGUAACAGUCCUAAGUCCGGUAACAUCCUUCCUUUGAAACCUAGCAGACCCACUAAUCUCGAUGUAUCUACAGAUGAAGACUCGGCACAACGAGUCUUUUUGAAGCAGACAUUGAGGAAACCGGCUCCGCCACCGAAGCCGAACUUGUUAAGGUCGGCGAGUCAGCAGUCGACCAGUUCUGUCAGGUCGCUGCCACCUCCGCCGCCUGAUCCAAGGAGGUCUGGGACGGGUUCUUCUUCGACGGCUGCUUCGGCGAGGAUUCUUUCGCCUCCGCCGCCGAGGAGAGCUAAUGGGUCAUUAAGAGAGGGCAAAGUCAGCAGUCCAGCUCCGGCACCUCCACCGGCGAGGAAGCCGGUGCCAUUUGCAGACGACGCUCCUCCUUCUCUACCUCCGCGAAGGGCUCCUACGGACUUGAUAAAUGAAUCGAACGAGGGCAACGAGUUGAAGGAUUGGGUUCCUCUGAAGCCCUCCUAG